AUGAAGAUUACACAAUAUACACUGCAAGGGCUAGGAUCAUUGGUGAAAGCCAGGUCAUAUACUAGAGUAUCAUCCGCCUCAACAGUCCAAACAGUUUCGGUAACGGACCCUUUUUUCAGACUACCUAAUCAAUCUACAAUAUUAAGUGGAAUUCAACCCACAGGAACGUUUCAUCUUGGUAAUUAUUUUGGUGCAAUAAAGUCCUGGCACAACCUUAACACACUGGUGGCAAACUCAUCUAACGAUGCAUCGCUGUUCUUCUUUGUUGCCGACCUGCACUCAUUGACGGUUCCUCAAAACUAUGAACUUUUAAGGCAGCAAAGGUUAGAAGCAUUUGCAUCCAUAAUUGCCUGUGGAGUCAAUCCAGAGUCUUCAACUUUGUAUUACCAAUCAACUAUACCUGAAAUUUCGUCCAUACAGUGGGUUUUUUCAUGCAUUACUAGUAUGGGAUAUCUUAAUCGUAUGACGCAAUGGAAAUCAAAAGCUAAUCUCAACGAAUCAGCCAGUGUUUCAGAUGACAGCGCUUUAGGAAAAGUAAAGCUAGGAUUAUUCACGUACCCUGUUUUGAUGUCUUCGGAUGUCUUAACCUUUCGUGCAACCCAUGUACCUGUUGGUCAAGAUCAAGCCCAACAUCUAGAGUUGACCAGAGAAACUGUACAUGCUUUUAACAAGACUGUGGGUCAAGAUUAUUUCAAAGUACCACACACAAUGCUCACGCCUACGAAAAAGGUCUUGAGUUUGAAAGAUCCGAUGAAAAAGAUGAGUAAGAGUGAUAAAGAACCACUUUCAAAGCUCUUUAUAACGGAUUCACCAGAAGAAAUCAGAAAAAAAUUCAAUAAAGCUACCACAGACUCAGUCGAAGGAAAAUUAACUUUUGAUGAACGGAACAGACCUGGAAUUUCAAAUCUGAUAAGUAUACUGGCUGCUGCAACUAACUCUUCCAUAGAGGAGACUGUGAAAGAAGUAGAACACUUUACGAAGAAAGAAUUAAAAGAUCGAGUUGCUGAAGAGGUUAUUCGAGAAUUAGAAGAACCUGCCAGAAAGUUUAAAGAACUCAUUGCCAAUCCGGAAUUAUUGGAGAGAUGGAGUCAGCGAGGCACUGAUAAAGCCAGAAGUGUUGCGAAUGAAACGCUUAAGGAUGUCAUGAGACUGGUCGGGAUGGGACAUUAUUAA